UUACACUGAGAGAUAACAUAGCUGUUACUUCCGGGUUGAUUUUGACAUGGAGUUUCUCUUUGUAUCUUUGCUCUUGCAAAUAUUCUCCACCUAUGGAUAUGAUAACUUGUCAGUGGGUAAGAUUACCACACAAAGUUCAUUGUGGACAUGUCACUCUCAACUCUGUAAUUUGUAUGCAUCAAACAACGCAGUUGACGGCAACAUGUCUACAUGUAUGAGAGCCGACACAAUUGGUCUGUCGAAUUCUUCUAAAACCGUGUGGUGGAGAGUAGACCUUGGAGACAUCAAAAGUAUUUAUAGUAUCAGGAUACAGUUUAAAGACUAUGGUGCGGAUUCAAAUAAAAGACAAAGAGGACGGUUGGCGGGUUUUUCGUUGUUCGUUUCAAACACAACAGAAAUCCGGAACAGUUAUCUGUGUUACAAGGACGGACCAGAAUUACCUUUGUUAAAUUUUAUCAUCGUAUGCUCCAUUAAAGGGCGUUUUGUUACAUAUUACAAUGAAAGAAUAAGUGGUGUGACAUAUCCAGAUGAAUACCAGACAACUGGUGUUGUAACGGAAUUAUGCGAAGUGCAAGUUUUGGCAUGUGAAAAUGGAUUUUAUGGACAAAAUUGCUCCAAACAAUGCAGUAAUUGCCUAAACAAUAAAUGUAACCCUUUCAAUGGAAAUUGUAUCGAAGGAUGCAAAAAUGGAUAUAUCAGUCAUCGUUGCGAAAAUCCUUGCGCAAAUGGAAGGUUUGGAAAAAACUGUUCCGAAAUAUGUAGCGACAACUGCAGAAAGAGGUCCUGUGACAAUAUACACGGUGGAUGUACAUUUGGAUGUAAAGCUGGGUGGAUAGGUUUUAACUGUUCAGAAAUUUGUUGGCACGGUUGGUAUGGUGAGGAUUGCCUAAAACAGUGUGGUAAAUGUGCUUUCAACCAAACAUGCAACAAAACUAACGGACUUUGUUUAAUUGGAUGCGCAGAACCAUUCACAGGAGAGAAAUGUGACAGAAAUAUGGCAUCUCUGGAACCGGCAUUGACCAUUUUUUCUGAGAGAGAAUUUUAUGGUUAUGUCAUAUCUUUAUCGAUUGGACUCGCAUUAUUACUAUUGAUCAACUUAUCUCUAUGUUCUUUGCUCCUUAGAAGGAAGUACAAAAGUAGACGAAAUGAAGGACCACCACAUUAUACCGAAUGCAUUGAAGAACCGGCUGUGAAUACAUGUACUCAUACAUAUCAGGAAUUAAGUGAUGUGAACCAUUUAAAUACAUAUAACAAUCUUUCAUUCCAAACGACAAUAGAAAGAUAAAAAUGAAAAAAAUUGUUUAAGUGUCUUUUUUUAAAAUUGUUGAUAGCCAUUAAAAACUCCAAUGAAUUUGUUUAAAGAUUGGCUAUAUUAAUCCAUCGUGAAUAUGUUGAUCUGAACGAUAAUAAAUAUCGAUGCAUAAUGCUCUUAGUUAUUUCUUGUUUCUUUACGUAGCAAACAUCUGGCCCAUCUAUUUCAAAAUGAUUUUUGGGGUAUGGGGAAGAGAGAGAGAGAGAGAGAGAGCUUUUAUACAUAUAUAAUGUUAUUGUUGUUCUCCGUUUUUACAAAAGCGAGGGGACAUUAAAUU